CCGCCCCCCUCCCUUUCCCUCCCACUCCACUGGGCCGCGAGGAAGUCGCAAGAUGGCUGAUGUCGCUUGGAAGUAACGUUCCCCUCCGCAACAUGAAGCCGUGAGUGUGGAGAGAAAGCGAGGGAGGCACCAUCGGGCUUUUAUUUUUUUGUUUUUUCUUUUUAGUUUACUUUUCUUUUUAUUUCGUCAAACAUCCAUCUCAUUCCGCGUCGUGUCCGCCCCGGACUUGUCUCUUUUUUUUUUCGGGAGUUGACGCGUCAAAUCACGCCGGGGACCCUGCUAACAGCUAGCCGCACAGCUAACAGCCAGCCAGGCAGUCACACACACACACACACACACACACACACAGCUCGUUAGUUUGUUUUAAUUAGUAUCCUGACACCUGUACAGCCAACAAGCCGCUGCUGCACACGUGAAAUUAAGGCGUCAAACGUUUGUUUUUGUUUUUUUUUUUUUAGCUGUCAACGGUUUAACAUCAUGUCCGCGGACCGGCCAUCCAGCCGUUAGGGGGGUUGCUAACUAAUGCGCAGUAUUUGCAAUCUGUGUUUUUUCUUUUUUGUAAUGUGCACACAAAAAACAACAACAACAACAAACAACCAGCAGGAUAACCCGUUUAUGUUAAGCUCAUUUUAAUAUCCGUUAUUUCGCUGCCAACUUUUACUGAAGCUGGUUAUGUUUGAAGCCAAAAUUAUCGGGAGCAAGGGGUGAAAAAAAAAAAAAGAGAUGUUGAACUUUUCCUGCUGGUUGUAGGUAGCGACACUGGCCUUGCUGGCUUCGAACCAAAAACCCACAGGGAUGGACACUAACCCGAGCACCCGCGACCAAAACUGAGACUUUUUUUUUUUUUCUUUUGGGUUUCUAACGCUAGCUGACACUUACAGCGGUGCAUGGUGACUCGCUUCACCAGUCCUGGUGACAGAUAAGUUGUUGAUCAGGGUUUAACUUUAACUAGUUUAGUCACUACACACACACCGAGACCGGUUAGCUUGCCUGAGGUGCACAGCUAGCUGCGGUCUCGCCCCACAUCACGUUACAAACACGGCGUACAGGACGUAUUCAGAGCCCGCUCCCGGCCAGACGCACCGGCUCAACAACACCGUCAUGGGAGUGCAGGGCUUUCAAGAGUAUUUAGAGAAGCGGUGUCCCGGGGCCGCAGUCCCGGUGGACCUCCUGAAGCUUGCCCGUACCGCGGCCCGCCAGCCCCCUCACCACCAUCACCCACACCACCACCCACAUCACCCCGGGCCCAUGCCUCCCCCGCCCCCGCCUGCCAGGAUCCUAAUCGACGCUGACUCCGGCCUGCAGCGCCUGUACGGCGGCUACCAGACGGACUGGGUGUGCGGGGGCGAGUGGAACGCCAUGCUGGGCUACCUGGCCGCCCUGUCGCAGGCUUGCCUGUACCAGGGCGGCCUGGAGCUGGUCGUGGUUUUCAACGGCACACUGGGGAAGGAGCGCUGGCCCGAGUGGGCGCGGCGAGCUCAGGGCCAGCGACAGACGGCGCAGCUGAUAGUCAACCACGUCGGCAGCAAGGCCACCCCGCCUCCACGGGCAUGGUUCCUGCCCCCGGCCUGCCUCAGCCACUGCGUCCGCCUCGCCAUGUUCCGCUUCCGAGUGCGGGUCGUACAGACGUUGGAGGACCACCACCAGGAAGUGCUGUCUCUCUACAGGGACUUUGGAUUCGCCGGCCUGAUCGCUCAGGAUUCCGAGUUCGCCCUCUGCAACGUGCCCGCCUACUUCUCGUCACACGCGCUCAAACUGAGCUGGAACGGCAAAAACCUUACCACACACCAGUAUCUGCUGUCUGAGGCCGCCAGGCAGCUCGGGCUCAAGACACAGCACCUGCCAUGCUUCGCUGCUCUGCUGGGAAAUCAUAUUCUGCCUGAUGAGGACCUGGCUGCCUUCCACUGGAGUCUGCUGGGACCAGAACACCCACUAGCUUCUCUCAAGGUGCGAGCCCAUCAGUUGGUGCUGCCGCCCUGUGAGGUGGUGAUCAAGGCCGUGUCGGAGUACGUCUCCUCCAUCAAAGACCUGGGAAACCUCGACGCCAUCGCCAGAGAUGUCUUCAAACAGUCACAGUCUCGUAUGGAGGACAAGGUGGAGCGCUUCAAGAAAGCGGUGGAGUAUUUCUCAGCUGCCUCCAAACCACGCUCGCCCAACAUGGGGCCCUCGUCUUUCAUCCUCCCUGGGUUUGGACCCAAUCCGUUUGGGGGACCACCUGGCCACAUGGGACCGAUGCAGCCUGGAAAGAAUCAGUUCCCUCCUCCCCAGGUUCCGGGGUUAAAGCCACCUUAUCAAAAUGCUCCAUAUGGACCUGGCUCCACCCCUCUGUUCCAGAACCCACCGCCACCGUCCCAAGACUGCAACGACUCACUGACGAACAAGAUGGGCUUCUCCGAUUGGUCAGCUCCGUAUGAUUCCACUCAGGGGGGAAGUCGAUUACCCAAUCAUCACACCAGCACUCAAUCUGGUCCCUCUCCGUCUCCUUCCUCGUCAUCGGAUGGAGAUGAACCCAACGACAGCAACGCAAACCAUUUGACGGACAAGCCCUCUCGGUGGGAGGAUCCCACCGGAAGGGGGGGCUCGGCCUCCGGAGAGGGUUCCCAAGGCAACGGGAGCGGGUCAAACAUUCCGUCACUGUUGUCUAUGGCGACGCGGAGUCACAUGGACAUAACCACACCCCCUCUGCCUCAGGUCAGUGCCGAGGUUCUUCGUGUGGCCGAGCACAGACACAGAAGAGGACUGAUGUACCCCCAGAUUUUCCACAUAUUGACCAAGGGUGAGAUGAAGAUGCCAGUGUGUAUAGAGGAUGAGUGUAACUCCGAGCUGCCUCCUGCCUCUCUGCUGUUCCGUGCUGCCAGACAGUAUGCGUACGGCGUCCUCUUCAGUCUGGCUGAAACACACCGCCGCCUGGAGAGGCUCGCUCUCCGCAAGAGGGCUCCCCUGGAAGUUCCUCCGGUGAUCGUCAAAGAGUGGAGCAGCGGCAAAGCCAAGUCAGCCCUGACUCCGGAGCUGGUUCCGGCCCUGUGUUUCCGGGAGUGGACCUGUCCCAACCUGCGGCGGCUGUGGUUGGGUCGUGCCAGCGAGGACCGCUCCAGGAGAACCAGGGCCUUCCUGGCCUGCCUACGCUCUGACUGCCCAGCCCUCCUCAACCCAGCACAGGUCCCACAGCAUCUGCUGCUCAUGUGCUGCGUGCUCAGGUAUAUGAUGCAGUGGCCUGGGGGAAGAAUUCUCCAGAGACAUGAGCUAGAUGCCUUUCUGGCUCAGGCUGUUUCCAGCCAGCUCUAUGAACCCGACCAGCUCCAGGAGCUCAAGGUGGAGAAGGUGGAUGCCCGCGGCGUGCAGCUGGCUUCUCUCUUCAUGGCCGGCGUCGACACGGCGCUGUUCAUCAACGAUGUGUGCGGCCAGCCGUUGCCGUGGGAACACUGCUGUCCCUGGGGCUUUUUCGACGGCAAACUGUUCCAGAGCAAACUGGCCCGGGCCGCCCGCGACCGGGCCGCCCUGCUGGACAUGUGUGAGGGACAGGAGGAGCUCGUGUCCAAGGUGGAGAAGAUGCGUCAGGCAAUCCUCGAGGGCAUCAACCUGUCCCGCCCUCCUCCGCCUCCCCCUCCUCUUCCACCUCCUGCCUUCCUCCCUCCCGCCAUGGUGCCGCCUUUCUACCCCAUGCCUCCACUCUACCCACCGCGCCCCAUGGGCGGCAUGCCUCCUCAUCAUCACCCACAUCAUCCGCACCACCCCGCGCAGCACAGACCCAGAGCCUUCCCAGGUACAACCACCUGCAUCCAGUCCAUCCCCCCUCAGGGAGGGAAGCUGGAGAUAGCCGGCAUGGUCGUCGGCCAGUGGGCUGGGAACAAACCAGUUCGUGGGAGAGGAGGGUUCAACAUGCAGGUGGUGUCAGUGGGUGCAGGGAGAGGGAGGGGUAAAGAGAUUCCAGCGAAAGUACGGGGAGUGAAGAAGGCACCUGCCAACAGAACACAGACGUCGCCACCCCCCCCAUCCAGCACUCCCCCAAAGCCCUCAGAGGAGGCGGGCUCCACGCCAGAGGUUGCGACUCAGCAGCUGAACGGCAGCUCAGCAGCCUCCGCCAUCGGCCAGCCCCUGGAGCUGGCCCCCCUGGCCCAGCCAAUCCCGUGUGCCUUAGCCAGCAGAGACAACCAAUCAGAGGGGGUGGAAGUGGAGGCCCCCUGUUGCCUUGACGACUGCCCGUCAGACGGAGCACUACAGAAGGAGGAGUGACGGCGUCCCUCCCAGGAUGCACUGCUCUGAGAGAGUUCUCUGUGUUCGACUGCCUUUCCCUGUUUUUGUAGCCCCCCCCCCCACCCCGCCCGCCCGAUAGCUCACUGCCUCAUCACACGGAGCAGGAGGGCGCCGCGAGGCUCCUCCUCCUCCCCCCUGCUGCUCCCUGUGAUAGGCUCCAGCAGUUAGCUGUUACUUCCUUUUUAGUUUUCUCAUGUGGUUUUACUUUGUUUUACGAAGAGAGGUUUCCUCCAUGAGUCUGUAAGCGCCCCCGCCCCUCAGAAAAUCCCAAACGCCUCCCUCCCCGCACUCAGAGUAAAAUAAGCUUGAAGCCCCGCCCCCAUUACGACCCACCACUUAAACGAGCCCCGCCCCCUCCUCCACCUUGAGUACGUAUGGGUAUCUGUACAGUUUCUUCUUUUGUGUCCCGUUGUUUGAAUCUCUGCACACGGAUGUUUAAGCUUGCGGUUUUUUUUUUUACGGUGACAGAUUGGAUGUGGUUUCCGCGGUUACAGCAUCUAAGGCCCUCGCGGUCGCCGUGGUCGGUAGCCGCGCGUUUUUUAAUCCGGUUCGUCUUUUGCCAUAGCCGUCUCGUGUGAGGUUUGUGUCUUGCGUGAACUCGGAGGACACGCUCAGAGUCUCGAGCGUCGUCCUUCGGUGCAGUUGACCCUCGUCCCUCCUCAGACUCUGCAGGCUGAACACUCAGUGUUACUAUAGCGACAAACCGCCCCACCCCCUCAACCUUUUUAUCGAUCGGUUGUCCAAUCACAGGAGCACUUCUGCACCACCACGGUAUUAGCGUGCUAUCUUACUUUGACCUAUGUAGCAUAGCCUAGAGCUUAGCUGUGCUGAGAGACCCCAUGAAUUUAUGCACCUUAAGCCCCAAAGUAUGCAAGAUAUUAUCCCGCUCCAAAAAAAAGAAAGAAAGCAAAGUGCAUUAUUAUAUUAUCCUCCCGACCCCCCCUUUGUCCCGUUCUCCCAAAGCUUUGAUUGUAUUGUCCCAACGGAAGCACUUAAUGUUGUAUUUAAAUAGAAAUUGGAACCUGAACUUGAAUUUGAACAACGCCCCUAUACAGGUGAAUUGACAGUGCCCCGCGCACCAGUAAAUCAUCACGACAUGUAGAAGUACAUUUAAAGGUAGAGAUCUAUUGGACAGACGUCAGAAUGUGAACAGAGCGCUUUCAGACAAAGAAGCACUUUGUUUUAAAUGAAUAUGUUAAACCACACUGGACAGUCCUCUACCAGGUGACAUAGAAACCAACUCUGAGGCACCUUCUGGAGUUAAGGCCAAAAAAGAAAAGAGUAAUGCUGCCCAGCAACAACAACAACAACAACAACAACAACAAAAAAGAUGGAAGUGAACGCUGCCAGGCAGAGUUCACUUCAGACUGGCCUCACGUUCAAUCAAGAACUUUGAAGAAGCUGAAAGGAUUCUUCUACGUCGAGGAUUCCCGGGAAUCAUUUCAGAUUUCUUUAAAAGUUAUUUUCCAAAGUGUAUUUUAAACGAGGCUCGCCGCAACCCGAGGCGGCCCGUGUGAUGCAACACACAAAAAAAAAGAAAAGAGGGGUGUGUGGCAACAAAGCCUCAAAGAUCCCUCCACCGCCGCCGCCGGUCCUCCGGUGGUGAUCGAGCACCUCGAGAGAGAGAGAAAAAGCCCAAAACACCCCACAAGAGCUGUUUGGGGGCUCCGGUGUGUCACUUUAGACCAGCAGGAAGCACUUCCCUGCCCCUGAAGCACCUCCAGCCGAAACCACGGCGGAGGCUUUAUGGGUCGGAUCACAUGACGGGAGAGAGAGAGAGAGAGAGUGAGAGAGCGUGAGAAAGAGAGAGAGAGGCCUCAUGACGGCGAGUGCGCCGCUCACAAUCUGAGACUUCUACGAUAAAUGAAUUGUUUUAUUAGAGCACUUAUGUUUGUAGAGAGUGAGAUGUGUCCCCCCAACCCCCCAUAGUAGAUUUCAUCUGACUACGGAAAAUACAACUUUACCAUUUAACUGGUAGCACAACUGCAGGAAGCAGUAGACCGACAGAAAACUGCCUGAGAGACGCUGGCCAUGAACACGAUCUCUGUAAAACUUAACGAAGAGAAGGUUGAGAUGAGCUCACACACAAAAAGAGAAAAGGCAAGUCAACAAAGAAGCACCUUAUUUUGUUAACUAUGUUGAUGACUUGUGCCCUAUCGUGUGCCACAGGAUUGACAUGGAAUAAAAGAGAAAAUAUUAAAAAAAAAAGCUCUUAUGAAAUGCCAUUUUUGAAGGAAGAAGACUAUAUAUAUGUAAGUGUUAAUGUAGUCGCGUCAGACAUCCCCUCAGUUACGAACUUCAAACCAUUUACAGUGAAACAGAAACAGUCCCGAGGCCCGCGAGCGUAGGCGUACGCUCGUCACCAUCGCGGAGGGCCUCCGCCACCACCGCCGUCGUCUCUUAACACCAAACACCAAAAAAACAAGAAGAGGUUUGGACUCGUUAGCCGUUUAUUGGUAGGGAUUAAGCACACGGCGCUGUAGGUGUUUGUAGGUUAAGAGUAGGUCACAGCGUCGGGCUUAACACAAGGACUGUAAACACACAAAGACACCAAGACUAGGCUAGAGAAUAUAGCUCCACUGGCCGAAAUACUAAGUCUAGAUUUACUAGGAGUUCAUAUACUUAACUGCUUUCAACUUUUGACAUUAGUACAAAUAUGUGUAUCGCAACAGUACAUUGUUAGAAGAUGGCUUUUUUUCUGCGGCGAGCCAGAGUGUGAUCUGGUAUACGAUGCCCUCUCUUGAUUCGCUCGCCACACACACUUACAAACACACACACACACUUACAAACACACACACACACACACACAGGUGUUCAGUUGCGUUUGUUACCAGCAGCGUUCUCUCUGCUUUUGUGCUGAAGUGAUUUUGUGCAGUUUCAGUUCCCAGUGGAGUGGUCGUCAGUUCAUCCAGAGAUCAUUUUGGUAACACAUUCGACUGACCGACCUCAGAGCACACACACACACACACACACACACACACACAUAGAUGUUAAACCCUGAGUUACACAGUAGCUAGUAUGGAAAAAAAAAAAGGAAAAAAAAGUCAACACAACACAUGAUGUAGUGUCCCUCUCUUUGUCCUCGUCUGUUUUAGUUCGAUAGAUAUUUGAUCAGUGAUUUUUAUGCUUGUUAUCCUAACCGCCCCCGCCCACCUCCACCUCCACCUCCACCCCUGAUACCACACUUUUUUUUUCUCACCCCCACCUCCUUCCUCUUCAUUCACUUCUUUUCUCCACCCUUAAAUCCUCAUAGAGUACACACACACACGUACACACACACACACGCCAUGCCCACACAAACAAACACACACUUGGAUAUGAUACACACAGGUUAACCCCCCUCUCCUCCUCCUCCUCCUCCUGUACUUCAGUUCUCUCUUUUCACUCCUACACCUCCCUCUCCGCCUCUCCUUUUAGCCGUUAGGACCGUUGGCCGUUGUUUGUUUUUUUUUUGUUUUUAUUUUUUAAUUUUCUCUUUUUUCUCUUCGGGCUGCCCCGCCCUUUAAUCAACCCAACUAACAGUUAAAGGUUAUAUUAACGUUGAUAAUCAGUUUCUGUAUGUAUCUAACCAGAGUCUGGAGACAAAAAAAAAUCUGAAAAAAAAAAAUCAAACGGUUUUAUUCAAUUGUGCAAAAUGUGUUUUUUCUUACUAUUUUUAAUGUUAUUACAUCUUCUAAUCUAAUCCUUCUACCAUUGCUUCAGUUAGUACUGAAAUACGCUUAGCCAACCUAGAGAUUUGAACUGUAAUGAUUGCGAUUUUCCUUACCUGUAUUUUAUAUGGCAUCUUUAGACCACCGUUUAUUAUGUACGUAAGUAAAUAUUGCCCGUUUUAUGAAUUGAAAAAUCGUCGUCUGCACUAUGUAUCAUUCUCAUAAUAUCCCUGAAUAACAGAUUUAGUGGUCGACUCAUUAUCAAUCGAAGCUGAGCUCUGCACCUUGCACAAAGCAGCGAAACAUCUCUUGUAAACACCUGAGAACCAAAGUACACCGAGCAUCCCCGCCCUUAUGAAGCCCCCAUAGCCCCACCUCGCCCCGCUCCUCCACGUCGAUGGUUUGCCCCCUCCACCCCCCUCGAGUAACAAGUUUUCCGAUGAGUAUGAUUAUAUAUAUUAUGACAUUACAGCACGUGUGAUUUAUCUGAUAAGUCUGUGAGGUUAACAACACUGUGGUUGUCGUGGAGACGUAGACAGACAGGGAAGAAGGAAAGGAAGAAAGUGUUUGUGUGGACAGCGAGAGAGCGAGCAGGCGGGUUUUCAGACGAAGCAUUGUGGGUCGAGAACCCAACACUCCCCGUUGCUCGCUCACGCUCACGUCGCGACUCCUUCGCCGACCGACUUCAAAUCCGUACUGACGCGACAGGAAGGAACGACACCUGACAGAUACGCUUUCGGUCGCCGACGUUCUGGCGCCCUCUUUUGCGUUUUUUUCUUAACGUGUAAUUGUCGUGCUCUCUCAAACUUGCCUUUAAACUUCUCAGCUUGACAGAGCAACUUCUUAACUACACCGAGCGUCUCUUCUACGUGUCGGGCACGGAGGCUGCUCAAAGCGGCUGAAUUUUCCUCGAGAAAACAAACAAGUCUGAGAUCAGCAUGCCUCCGAAGAGAUGUCAUGAAUUGUGGAGUGCAAGCGAGACGCGAUCCAUCCGUCACACUUGAAUUAGAUCAAACACGUUCCAGCUUUUCCGUUGGCUGCGCGUCUUCUAGAGCUGCAACGAUUCGUCUUGAUGUUUGUUUUUGUCAUUUUUCAAGCUCAAAACUACCAAAUAUUUGUCCUAAAAUAUGGCUUUUAUCUUUUUCUUUGCCGUAUUUGGUGGCAGAUUAAAUAUCUUUUGGGGUUUUUGACUGUUUGUUGAGUAAAACAAGCAAUUUGACUUCAUCACACUGUGCUUAAGAAAGUUAUGACGGGCAUAUUUUUAGACUAAACCAAUAACUGGUGAAGAGAACAGCCCUGAAUUCUUUGUCUUGCGUGACAGUAAACUAUAUUUUGGCUUUGGACUGUUUCAUAGACAAAACAAGCAAACAUGUUUCUUUUUUUAAUUAUUUGUUGACAUGUAAAACACC